AAGGUACUGAAGAGAUCUAUAUUAGUUCAUACUUCAUUAGCCAUUCUUCAAUCAAUUCCCGUCGUUUAUAUUCUUAGAUUCAAAGACAAAAAAUGAGUACUUCUCAUGGGGCCUUGUUUGAAGCUCCCAUUGCCAAGAGGUUACAUGGCAAAGUAGCCAUCAUAACUGGUGGAGCUAGUGGGAUUGGUGAAAGCACAGCCAGAUUGUUCGUUCACUAUGGAGCAAAAGUUGUAAUUGCAGACAUUCAAGACGAUCUUGGGCAAUCCAUCUGUAAAGAUGUAGAUCCCACAGGUCAGAUCAUCUCUUACAUCCACUGUGAUGUUACACAAGAAGCUGAUCUCGAAAAUCUCGUUGAUAGCACCAUCGAGAAGCAUGGUAAGCUUGAUAUAAUGUACAACAACGCUGGAAUAGCUGGUGCAUUUGGUAAGUCAAUAGUAGAUACUAGUUUUGAAGAAUUCAAGAAAGUUAUAGAUGUGAAUGUACUAGGUUCAUUCUUGGGUGCUAAACAUGCGGCUAGAGUCAUGAUUCCGGCGAAGAAGGGUUGCAUAUUAUUCACUUCUAGUGUUGCUUCUAUAAUAGCCGGUGAGACUCCAAAUCCUUACACCACAUCAAAACAUGCUAUUGUGGGCUUAACCAAAAACUUGUGCGUGGAACUAGGCCAAUAUGGAAUUAGAGUUAAUUGCAUUUCUCCAUUUGCGCUUCCAACCCCUUUGCUGACUAAUGCCGUCAAUAUGGAGGCAAGUACGUUGGAGGCAGCAGUUUAUGAAUCCGCGGUGUUGAAAGGAACAUUUAUAAAAACAGAGGACGUCGCGGAGGCAGCUGUGUAUUUAUGUAGUGAUGAGUCUAAGUAUGUUAAUGGGCUUAAUCUUGUUGUCGAUGGAGGCUAUGCUACAACUAAUCCUACUUUCAGCACGUCUCUGAAAGCAAGUUUGAAGUAGAAUUUGUUGAUUGAAUAUUGGAUAAUAGCCGGCUUGAAUUUUCCUUAUAGAAUUGUUAUGGCUUCAAUCUGUUUGCGAAUCAUGUUUAUUGCGUGUGUAGAAGAUUUUAGUUAAUCUAUUCCUGUAUUAAUAAUUGUUAUUGUUGUUGUUUUUUCUCGACGGAGAAAAGGAAAUUUGUAUUAAUCAAAACAAAAAUUCUUAAUAAACCGUACCCGUAAACUACCUAAAAA